AUGGCCGAAACCGCUGGGGAUGUACAAACCGAUCCUCUCCUUGAUGUCGUUGAUGAAAAAUGUGAUGAUAUUGAGGACUUAACUGAACACUUUUAUGACACAUGCUCCCUUGACUCUCCAAAUAAAUUAGGGGAGCCUGUGCCUUCAGACAUACAAAAUGAUUCUUUGGAGUUUUACGAUCCAAACGCAGAAUGCGACGAGAAGGACUUUUUGAAAGUUCAAAUGGAUGCAGAGAACGCCUUGUCAGAUGAAGAGUUGGAGAAUCGUAAAAUUAAAGCUAUUAGCUUAAAGGAGGAUGGCAACUCAAAAAUUCGGGAAAAUUUGUACCAAGAUGCUCUUUUGUUGUACACAUCUGCACUGCGUACUUGUCCUCUGAAGUUCUCUGAUGAACGAGCUAAGAUCUACUCAAAUCGAGCCCUUUGCCAUUCUCGCCUUGGUUCUUCCGAUGCUGCUCUAGCAGACUGUGAUGAAGCCCUAAAACUGAAUCCAGAUUAUCUUCGAUGCCUAAUCCGUCGAGCUGACUUCAGAGAAUCAGCUGACCGCCUAACGGAAGCAUUGGAAGAUUAUCAGCACGUUUUGAAACUUGAUCCCUCUAACGCUAAGGCUCGUGCUGCUUGUGCUAUUUUACCGGAGAAGAUAAACGCUCAGCAGGAAAAACUGAAGACUGAGAUGCUUUCUCAGUUAAAACAACUGGGAAACCUUGUUUUGAAGCCUUUUGGUCUUUCCACCGACAACUUUAAGCUGACAAAAGACCCAAACAGUGGUGGUUACUCGGUUAGUUUUCAGCAGUCCACAUGA